AUAGUGAAGUUGAAUUAUAAACUACAAGGCUGUUAAGUCUUUUUGUAUUUGUAUACCUCGAACGUACACCUCGCUGUGCUGAAAUUCCGCAUAAUUAGACAUACAAAAUCGUUGUUAUAUUAUGAAAAGUUAUUGGAAGUGAAGUGAAGUUCUGAAAAUAGAUACUUAUAGCUAAUACUCUGGCCGGCACUUUGGAGUGGUCAAGUGAAUUAUUUGGAGUGGAAUUAGCAAGCUAUCUUUUUUUUUCUUAUAUUAUAUAUAACUACAUACUUGGUUAAGAUGUCGUCAAAACCAGUUCUCUAUUAUACGCUACGCAGCCCYCCAUGCCGCGCCGUGCUGUUGACAGCUGCCGCUAUUGGACUGGAAUUAGAAUUGCGUCUCACGAACCUCAAAGAGCGCGAUCACCUAACACCUGAAUUCCUCAAGCUCAAUCCUCAGCACACCAUACCGGUACUGGAUGAUAACGGCACUGUAGUAACAGACUCGCAUGUUAUUAACGCUUAUCUGGUGGAUAAAUACUCAUCAGAUGAGACACUCUAUCCCAAAGAUCAGCAGAAGCGUAGGGAAGUAGAUGCGCGUCUCUACUUCGAUGCSGGUCAUUUAUUCCCACGCGUGCGUCUUAUGGUCGAACCGAUUAUCUACUUUGGUGCGGACAAMAUUCAGGAAGAGAAAAUCCGCUACAUGAAAUUAGCUUACGAUGGCUUGGAGAAGUGUCUUGCCAAUGCGCCGUAUUUGUGCGGKCAGCAUUUGACUAUCGCUGAUCUGUGUGCUGUCGCUUCGGUGUCCAGCGCCGUGCACUUUGCGCCYAUCGAUGAAGAAGAAUUCCCACAGUUGGCUGCUUGGUUGAAGCGCCUGUGGCUCUUGCCCUACUACAAGAAGAGCAAUCAAGAGGGCGCCGAYUUGUUGGGCAGCUUUGUUAAAGAGCAAAUGGUGGCGAAUAAAAAGGCUAAAGAAGCAGAGAAGUGAAAGAGCGGUAGGUUUCAUAAACAUUGAUAUUAAAAUUUAAUAAUUAAAUGAAGCAAGAGAAAUAUUUAAUUGGAAACUAAGAGAAAUUUCGAAGAGAAUGCAUUUUGUAAUUGUUAAAGGGAAUCUUAAUAAAUCGUUUAAUUGUUUGCAAAAGA